AUGGCAUACUUCAGCCAGAGUUUGAGUGGAGCAACUUUAGAAUGGUACACCCGCCAGGAUGCCAGCAGGUGGUACACAUGGGACGAUAUGGCUCAGGCCUUCGCCCGUCACUUUCAGUACAAUAUAGACAUUGUUCCAAACCGCCUAUCUCUGACCAAGGUGGAAAAGAAACUCGGUGAAAGCUUUAGAGAAUAUGGGUUCCAAUGGAGGGAGCAACCUGCACGAGUCAAUCCUCUAAUGGAAGAAGACGAGAUGGUUGAAUGCUUUCUUCAAGCCCUGGAGCCCACUUACUUUGGCCAUCUGAUCUCAGCCAUUGGUAAGUCUUUCAAUGAUGUGGUAAAGAUAGGAGAAAUGGUGGAAGAGGGGCCCAAGUCGAGCAAGAUCAUGAGCUACUUCGCUAUAAAAGCAACCGCGCAGGCAAUCCAGAGCGGUUCCGGAAGUUUGCUAGGCAAGAAAAAGAAGGACGAUGUCGCCAUGGUUGUAUCUGGGCCAUGGAACGGCCAGAGGGGUUCACCUCAUCAGUACACCCAUCCUCGACCCCGACCUAAAACCUACACCCAAGCUCCACAUAAUCCACGCCAACAUUACUUUCCCCCGCAAAACCCCCAAUACUCAGCCAGACCACCCCAAUACCAUGUUCACCACGCACAGUCAUAUGCUCAACCCCCUGCUUACCAGCAAUGGCGUGCUCCAGCUCCACAAAAUACCUAUCCACCUCUACAACCCUACCAAAACCCCACUGGUUCAAAUUUUCGACCAAGGCUGGAGUAUAGAAGAGAAAGGUUAAGGCAGUUGGACGUCUUGAGGCCAAUUGAGUCAAAGAUACCAAAUCCCCCUCCAAAGAACCUUGAUUAUUCCCUUAGAUGCGCUUAUUGUUCGGAUGCUCCAGGGCAUGACAUAGAGAAGUGCUGGCAUUUGAAAAGGGCAAUCCAGGAGAUCAUUGAUACAAACCAAAUUGUAGUUCAAAGCCCAGACACGCCGAACAUCAACCAAAAUCCUUUGCCAGCCCAUGCAGAGACGCAUAUGAUUGAAAUAGUUCACAAGGAUGGGGAACCCAACAAGUCUUCCAAAGGUGACAGAGAAGCUGAGCUCGCCCAAUUUGAAGCCACCGGUGUUGGUCGUGAAAGGGUCUUUGAAAGAUAUUGGGGCAAAUUAGGAAAUUCCAAAAGUGGUAGUGCCAGGGCCCCAGAUAAGCCUGUCAUAGUUGUGAAAGGGGCUUCUAUUACCCCUGUUGUCAUUAAGCCAGUGACCCAGCUGCCAGUGCUUAAUACCAAGGUUGUUCCGUGGAAUUACAAACAAGUGAUAGUGACAUACAAAGGAAAAGGGGUGGAGGAAGAAGUCAACAAAACUGGAGGAUUUACUCGUUUUGGAAGAUGUUUUACCCCAGAAGAAUUAAGGAAAGACAAGCCGUUCAAGGAUAGUCAAAUGCCAGUAAAGAAAUCGCUUACCGAAGAAGAGGAUGAGGAGUUCUUGAAAAAGAUGAAAGUGCAAGACUAUUCCAAUAUGGAGCAGUUAAGGAAAACACCAGCUCAGAUUUCUCUUUUGUCUUUGCUGAUACAUUCAGAUGAACAUUGCAGGGCCCUGAUGAAGAUUUUGAAUGAGGUACAUGUUCCUGAUAAGAUCACAGUGCAUCACUUGGAAAAGGUAGCUAGCAAGAUCUUCGAAGUAAACAAAUUGUCGAUAUGGCCAGUUGAGUUCACUGUGGAAUUCCAAGUGUUAGAUGUGGCUCUCUCCUACAAUCUGUUGUUGGGCAGGCCCUGGAUACAUGCUCAUAAGGCAGUCCCAUCAUCUUUGCAUCAAAUGGUAAGUUCGAAUGGGACAGGCAGGAAAUAG